CACGAAUUGUAAACAAGCCUUGAUGGUCGGCGUUGAAUAUAAUUUCAUAAUGUCGUUUUUUCCCUAUUUAUGCUUUUAUUUGUAAUUAUAUAGGAAUGACAAGAGCUGCAAGCAAUAUGAGUACCGGAGAAAAAUUAUUGGCCAUUAUUGAGGAUAUUUCUCUUAUAUCCAAAGAAAUAAUUGAAAACACAAUUGCCAUGAAGCACCAAAAAUUACUAGGAGCUGAACAAGUACUUCUGACUGAGUUAUUAGUAUUAAAAGACAAUGAACUCAAGGAAACUCUUAAAUUAGCAGCAGAACAAGCUGAAAUCAAUCAAAAAAUGGAUCUGUUGAGAGCUGAAGUUGAUAAACUGGAUCAAGAUAUUCAGAAUUUACAGCGGCAACUAAAGGAAGCAGAACAAAUUUUGGCAACUGCCAUUUAUCAAGCUAAGCAGAAACUUCAGUCUAUUAAUCGAGCAAACAAAAGACCUGUUUCCUCAGAAGACUUGAUUAAAUUUGCUCAUAGAAUAAGUUCCUCAAAUGCUGUGUCUGCUCCUUUAACGUGGCAACCAGGUGACCCAAGGAGACCAUAUCCUACAGAUAUCGAUAUGAGGGUUGGAUUUCUUGGACGACUGAGUGAUAUGCCACUGAAUGGUCAUAUGCUCCAGCAGCCUAAUUCAUUAGGGGAUAUGCAUCGAACUGGCCAUCAUCCUGAACCUCCUGCCUCACAGCAAAAUCAGUUUGCCUGGCAUCCAUCUGGCGAAAUACACAUGUCUGUUGGUCAAGGAACUGUCCCAAUGGAUACUAGGAAUCACACAAAAGAUAAUGAAGAUGUUGAAGUUAUGUCAAGUGAUUCAAGCAGCAGUUCUUCUAGUGAUUCACAAUGAAUCAGAUUAUUUAUUGCUAUGCAAUGUAUAUUGUAAUUAUUUUGUAUAUUUGUAUGAAUU